AUGCCGGUCCUGCCCAUCCCGCGGCGGGCGCGCUCCUUCCACGGCCCGCACUCCAGCUGCCUGCACGCGCCCCGCGCCCCGCGCACCAAGUCCCACAACUUGGAGGCGCGCGCGCGCUGGCUGCACGGCGUCGUGCGCUUCCUGCUCUACUUGGGCUGCAGCCUGGUGACCGCCGCGCUCCGGGGCGCGCUGGCCGCGCUCUUCUGCCUGCAGCACCUGGGCGUGCGCGCGCUGCUGCGCCUCCAGCUGAAGCUGUCGCUGCUGCUGCUGCUGCUGGGCCGGCGGCGCGUGGACUUCCGCGUCCUCAACGAGCUGCUGGUCCACGCCAGCCACGUGACCCUGCUGCUGGUCGGCGGCCUGGGCUGGUGCUUCAUGGUCUUCGUGGACAUGUGACCGGCGCCCCCCGCCCGGCAGGCAUCGCCCGGAGGAAGGCCUGAGACUGUUCCGGGAAGGGGGUGUAGGCGCCCCCUGUGCCCGGCUGGCUCUGGCCCUUGCCGGGCGCACCCCCCAGACCGCCUGCCCCUCGGGUCUGCACUUGGACCCCGCGUCCUGUCCCCACUCCAGGACCUGGCGGGCGGCAGCACCAGCCGUGGGGAGCUCCGGGGUGGGGUGCCCAGGGCCACACCCGAGGGCUCCCUGGGCUGGCCCCGUGUGGCAGAGAAGCUGCCCUGCGCCCUGGCCACACCCCAACAGCCGGGGCCACCUGUCUCUGAGGCCUCUGCCCGCCGGGGUGUGCGAGCGUCCAGCGGCAGCACGGCUGGGGCGGGCAUGUCUCUUUCUGGCGGCCGGGGGAGUCAAGCUGGAUGCUGCGAGGCUCUUCCAAGGGGUCGUGGGGCAGCGACUCAGCGCCUUUCUGACUCUGAUGGGGUCUCGCGGCCUGUGCUUGGAGGAGAAGCCCGGAACUGAGGUCAGAUGUGCCUGUGGGGCACACCCCGUUACAGGGCCUCUUGGGAUCUCCAGCGGGGGCUCUGCGUGAGGCCCUGCCCUCUCCUCUGCCCCUGGCUGUUGGGCCGCCCGGGAGUGGCAGGCAGAAAUGCAGGGGCCAAGAGAGGGGGCCCGUGCUGGGGGGGCGUCCAGGGAGCAGGACUCACCAGGGCCUGCCCGGCCCUGGCCCUGGCCCCCUCCCCAGCAUUGGGGGUGCGCUGCCCACCUGCUCGGACAGGGUGGCAUGUGACACUGGCUGCCGCUGGCAUCAUUGGCAGGUGGGAGGACACUGGGCAGUUACGCUGGGGUGACAGGCCAUUGGGCACGGGCCACGGUGGCACUGACAGUGAUUGGUCAGCUGCCGCUGCCCCCCAGGGGACCACGGUCCCAGGCAGGUGACCCUGCCGUGCCAGGCUCCCGCGUGGCGUCCCGCGGGCUGGUCUGCCGUGGAGGAGAGAUGGAAGCAGGCGAUGAGGGCAGAGCCCUGGCCCCUCGGGCUCUGCCACCAGUGGCCCCAGACCCUGCCUCCCCCAGCUGGCCCUGUAGCCGCCCACCUGCCCGGCGCCCAGAGCAGACUCUGCGCUUUCCCCGCGCCGCCUGCCUCCUCCCCGCGUGCGAGCCCCUCCGGCGUGGGUCAGGCCAGGGCGGCGCAGCCCGGAACGUGGAGCGCAUCGGGGCGACUUGCGGGACGUGGGCCCUCGCGUCUCAGUGCCUGUUAGCGUUUCUGAAACGAGCCUCCUGCAUUAAACUUAUUUUUUUAAGACCUGUCGGCGGAGUGACAGCUGAGAAGC